AUGAACAUUUUAGAUUCAUUUAUGUUGUUAUUCUUUACAUUUAUUGCACCUUUAGGAUGUCUUGUUCUCUCUUCACUAUGGAGUUUUGAAUUGACUGCAAAGCUUUCACUAUUAUUAUUAUCUUAUAGACUUAUAUUAUUGUUAAUUACUUUAUUCUUGCCUAGAUUAUGGGUAUGUCAUAUCUAUAGUAAUAAUAUUUGUUGUGUUGGAUAUCUUGUACUACCAGAUCUAUCAAUCAACAUAUAUACAGUGAUAUUGGAUUGGUUGGCACCUGUUUUAAUCAUACUCGAAUCAUUCCAAUCGGUCAAUGUCAUUUUGGCAACUAGACAGACUCUCCUACUUAAAACAUUGGAUUCUUCAUACGAUGUACCUGUCAAGGUGUUUAUGAUCAUUGCAUCCAUCUUUUGUUACCUAUUCUCAUUGUUUAUCGUUGUAUCAAUAUUCAAGAGUGAUAAAUUAACAAUCGUUUCAUCAAGUUUCCUAUCUAUAAUUUGUACAUUAUUGGUGGUAUUAAUUCCAUUGAUGAUGGUGGUUGAAGAGGCAACUAUUAUGGAUGUUUCAUUUAUAACAUUUUAUGUUUCAUUGCAAGCUCUUACAUGGUUCCAAACCAUCUAUGAUGCCAAUAAUGUCCUAUUUAGUAAUUCAACCUUCAACCAUAUACUCAAACUACUUUCCAUCAUAUUAUCAGUAGUCAUUCUAGUAUCACUACCAAUACUAUUUGGUCGAACCUCUAUGUUUUCAUCUGAUUCUUCAUUUGGUGAUUUCGAUGAAUCUGAUUUCAAAGAGACAUGGUAUCAAUUUUUCCAUAUUUAUCUUGUCACCUCAUUCAAACAAAUUACACCAAGAUUAAUCUAUAAAUAA